AUGGCAGCCCGGAUUCAAAAGGUGCUGGAGGGGUGGGAGCCUGUCAUCGACCGUGAGGUGAUGGAGCUUGCGAUGGCGCACACAGGCAGCUCGGCGAAGAUGCUUGCGCUGCUGGACAAGGCUGUAAGCGGCGAACCCAUCAAGGUCCAGCUGCUUGGCUCGUCUGUAGUAGGCAGCUUUGCGGGACGGACGGCGCUGAGCGAGACCGACCUGGCGGCGUACGGGGCUGCGGUAUCGGGAUGGGAUGCUACAGGGUCGGCGAAAGAUGGAUACUUCAAGCAAGCGUUUGAAGCGACCUUUGGUGUCGCCUUUCCGCAUGAUGGUCACCGGAUCAUCAACUCGGGGACCGGAAGUGCGACUGUGGAAGUGUAUGCGGGAUGCUCGUCGACGGUGCUACGAGGAAUGGACAUGUACGUGCUCGAACCGACGAUCAUCAACAUCUACAAAUACGAGAAGAGCUUCGAGACCGUGCUGCGGCUGUUCGCGACUCGGUCGCCCGACGCGCAUGUGGUGAUGUGGCACAUGUUUCGUUGGUGCUCGAUCGGCGUCAACUCGAUCGAAGGCAUCUCCAACUUUUGCUCGGACAAGCCGUUCAACUAUGACAACAUGCUCCCACUGUACACGGCCGAGACUGUGCGGACGCCGAAGCGGACAUACGUGCCGAACGAUCGGUUUGCAGACAUUGCCGAGUACUACGGAGCGUCUGUGAUUUCGGUCCGCAACGGAUUCUUCCACGCUGUGGCGCAGCAGGCCGAUGGCUUUGGGUGGGAUGACAUGCUCGAGCCGAACGACAUCGGGGUCCAUCCCAACGCGGAGCGAGGAACGGCGAUGCUCCGCGACCUGUGGAUCUUUUACUUACGCACAUGUCGUGUCGGCAUGGUCUGCACCCCGCUAACGCUCACUGACAACGAGAUGCGCGGCAAGAUCUCCACAUGCUAUCACUGGGACAUCGCCCAGGUGGGCGGCAAUCCCUAUGUGCAGGCGCCGCGCAUGGUCGACAAUUCGGGCUUUGAGUUUGUGGACGAGACGGCAAAACACAAGCUCGGACUGGCGGGAAUGGAACCCGGUGACAAUGUGGUGUUUGAGGUCGACGCCGGCGACUUUGCCGACGACGAAUGGAGGGAGGGCCAGCUGACGCUCAUGUACCUGACGUCACACCAACACAUGGGCCGCGGCCGCAUCGAGUGCUUGGGUGGUUGCGGGUGUGAGACGACCGAGAUCGAAGGCCACAUCGAGACGAAGCACUCGGUCAUCGAGUCGGAGGUCAUCCCGCUGGUACUCAAGGCCGACGAGCUGGGGCGGGCGCACAAGUGCCAGGUCCAAGUCACUGUCCUGGACAAAACCAAGUCGGAAGGCCACAAGGUCAAGCUGGUACGAGUUGUCUUUGAUGUCUUUCUUCCUCGCGACGCAGCCAGAGAUGGAGCAACCGCCUGA